ACACAAAAUUCAUGCUCUUAUAUACCUUCACUACACUCCUUUUCUUCCACUCAAACUUGUUUUCUCAUUCCUAGAUUUGAAUUUCCACACACAAACUACUCUCUCUCUCUCUCUCUCUCUCUAUAUUAAUCAUCAUCGUUAAUCAUCACACACAACCACAACCACAACUAGAUGGCCUCUAUAGAUGAAUCUUCAACCUUAGAACUCAUUAGUGAACAUCUUCUCAAUGAUUUUGCCUCCAUGGAGAGCUUCAUCACUAAUCUAAAUCAUUCUAUCUCCAACAAUAUCUCACAAAGCCAGUCAAACCAAACUGAAAGCACCAACACAGAUAUUGAAAUCUCUGAUUACUUGCUACCCAAAGAAGAACCAAUCAUCACCUAUCCUUCCAACUAUUCCAAUCUUGAAACAAAACCCACAAACCCUCACUCAUCAAAGCCUCCUAAAGGUCCAAAACCUUCAAACUUAAGCCAUCGCCGUCCAUCCUUGAACGUUGCAAUACCUCCACCAACAACAACAAUCUUUGUUGGCCUGAAUUCAUCACAGCUCAAGUUGGAAACUACAAGUAAGCUCAAUGUUUCGGAUUCUAAUAAUGAAAGUAAGCAUUAUAGGGGCGUUAGGAGAAGGCCAUGGGGGAAGUUUGCAGCUGAAAUACGUGACCCCAAUAGGAAAGGCUCAAGGGUAUGGCUUGGAACCUUUGAAACCGCCAUAGAUGCUGCUAAAGCUUAUGAUAGGGCUGCGUUCAAGUUGCGUGGAAGCAAAGCUAUACUGAACUUUCCUCAAGAAGUUGGGAACUCUUCUUCUGAGUUCGAUGUUGCUGAUACUGCAGAAGUGUGUAUUGGUAAGAAAAGAAACAGAGAGUGUGAGAGUGAGAGUGAAGAGAGGAAGGAGAUGAAGAAAGAGAAGGUAAUCAUGGCUGAGAGCGUUUCACUUCCAAGUUCAGGUUCAAGCUCUGUUUGUCCAUUAACGCCGUCAAGUUGGACUGGAGUAUGGGAUUUUGAUGUUAAGGGAAUUUUCAGUGUUCCUCCGUUAUCGCCGUUAUCUCCGCAUCCUUCAAUGGGAUAUUCUCAGCUUAUGGUUACAUGAGAGAGAUAAGACAUAUCAAAUCUGCUAUUGGUGCUGGUGGUAUCACAGACUUGGGAAAAAGCUAUUGCACAUAUGUUUUUACACACGUUUACUCACACUCGAGAAGAUAACUAAAAUCGUGACUUCAAGUCACUAGUUUAGUUAUUUUUUCUAAUGUGUAUAAAAGUCCGUGUGUAAUAAACACUGUUACAUAGAAUAUAUUAAGCUUAGAAAACAUUAGAAGAGUCUCUCAUGAAGUGUGGGAAAUGUAAAUUGGUCUAGAAGAUGAUAGUAGGACACUUUUGGUGUUGAAUUUUUUCUAUUCAUUUAUGUCUUGAGGCUUUUCUAACCAAGAUACAGACUUGGACUUUUAUUUGCAAUGAAUGGUUACAGCUAGAGUUUUACUUUUC